AUGGAAAAAUACAUUGCUUGUAUACUUCUACUUUCACUUUUCCUGCAUACUUCUUGUCAAACAUGUGACGAAGAUUCUAGUCAGUGCGAGGGGGAUUCCAAAAAAUCAGGAUGCGGAUGCUCAGCAAGUCGAGAUUCCUCAGAACACUCCAAUGACGAACAACCAGGUGACAAGUCUGUCAAAGACAUUUUUGACAUAUCUGAUCUUUCAAGGACCAACGAGAUGUUGUUCAUAGAACGCGCUACAUUCACCAUGGGUACGAACGAGCCAGUGUUCCCCGUGGACGGGGAGGGGCCUGCCAGAAAAGUCACCGUGGAUUCGUUUUACCUCGACAAACACGAAGUCAGUAACGCGGAGUUUCAGAGAUUUGUGGAGGACACAAAUUAUGUGACAGAGGCAGAAAGUUUUGGAAAUUCAUUCUGCCUUGAGAAUUAUGUGAGUGAAGAAAUUCUCAAAAAUGUAACCCAGUCGGUUGCUGCUGCCCCCUGGUGGAUCCCGGUUAAUGGAGCGGAUUGGCGACAUCCCAAUGGACCAGAUACCUCCAUUAAAGAUAUAAUGGAUCACCCUGUUGUCCAUGUAUCUUGGAAUGAUGCUGUCAAGUAUUGUGAGUGGGCAGGCAAAAGACUGCCCACAGAGGCGGAGUUUGAGCGGACAUGUAAAGGCAAUCUCAAAUCAAGGCUCUUUCCCUGGGGGAACAAGGAGGAACCUAAAGGGAAACAUUGGAUGAAUAUAUGGCAUGGAAAAUUUCCCUCAGAAAACACAGCUAGUGAUGGAUAUUACACUACAGCCCCAGUAACAGAAUUUCCAGAACAAAACAUAUUGGGUGUGAAAAAUAUCAUAGGUAAUGUUUGGGAGUGGACACAAGAUUGGUGGGAGACCAAGUUUACCCCAACACCCAAGAAAAACCCAAAAGGUCCAAGGUUUGGAACAGAUAGAGUUAAAAAAGGGGGAUCCUUUAUGUGCCAUAAAAAUUACUGCUACCGCUAUAGAUGUGAUGCUCGGAGUCAGAACACCCCCGACAGCUCCGCAGUAAAUCUGGGCUUCCGCUGUGCCAGUGAUAAGCUGCCGCCAUAUUUAGAAGACGUCACGGAAGAAAUUUUAUUAAAAGAAGAGAACAUAAUAAAAGAAGAACUUUAAUGAAGUGCAAUUAUAAAUAUUAACAAAUUACUGCCUAGAUAUACUCAUUACUGUACAUGUCUCUCUUUUGUACUUUUAUUGAUAUUUCAAAAUAAAAAUGAGAGUACACAUGUUAA